GGUUCCUCCCGGGGGAGGACUAAGCUGAAAUACCUUUUAAGCUGGGAAGCAGCAAACUGAAAUGUAGGAAUCAGCCGUGAAUGGGAACUGGAGAAGACAAAACAUAAACACCAUGUGCGGGCCCAAGGAAAUGGACCCUGCAAGGUUUGGGAAAUUUCUGAUGAAACUUGGCCUGAUUUUAAUUGUCAUCGGACACCUCAAUUUCAUAAUCGGCGCUAUUGUGCAUGGAUUGGUAUUGAGACACUUGGCCCAGCUGCAAGACGCUGUGGCCAUGCAGUAUUCUGUGGCCAAUAUCACUGCUGUGGUAUCAACGAUAUUAAGUAUCACAUGUGGAAUAACUGCUAUUGUCCUAUCCCGGUACCUGGAACAUGUACCUUUGCGCUGGACGGUGUUAGUACUUGGUAUAAUUAAUGCAAUCCUUUCUGUGGCCUGUGUGGUGGAUCUGGUCGUGUCAGUUAUCAUCACAGUGGGGAAUAAAGGUCGCACCCUUUUGUCAUCAUGUGCCUUCACCAACGUGGAGUUCAUUCAGAUCUCAUAUGAUUGUCCCUUUGAUCCUACAAGAAUCUAUAGCACCACUCUUUGUCUGUGGGUAAUCUCUAUUCUACUGGAUGGUGCUGAAGUUGUGUUCAGUGUACGUUGCUUUCUUGCUGUGUCCAAGCUGAUGGACAUUAGAUUCUGCCACAAAAGACAGGACAAGUUUCGUAUUCACCAGAAAGAUGAUGUAAGCACAGAGCAGGAUGCUCUGAAUGAAGAGGCUGAGUGCAUUGUAAUGUUGUGACAAGAACUAGGCAGUAACAUGGGCUGUGUACAUAUAUACAGGUUUAGUAUAUAAAAGUCAUGUACUAGAUGGUAGAACAGUCCUUUAAAGAACGCAAAUAAGUGAUGCUUCAAAGCAGAUGAUCUCACAAUUGUGUACCAUCAGUUUCCAGAGAAAUCAAACUGCUACUGUUUUGCAAUUCAAGUACAGCAGCAUGGUUGCACUGUACAAAGAAAGCAAACAAGCCAUUAAGGUACCAUUAAAUAUAUUCUGUUCUUCACAUAAUAGGAUCCAGUCAUUAUACACAACAAGGACUUAAAUCUGGCCCUCAUAGAUGAGGUAGAUGUGGCUGGGUUUCAGUCUGAAGAUUAAAAAGGGAUUUUGGGUCAAAUGCUUAUUUGCUAUGCUGAAUACUGUCUGUACUAUAGAUCUAUAAUUGUGUAAUAAGAUGCUGUGGCCUGAAGAGAGGAAGGCAUGGUUUGCAAUCCACAGGUGAUGAUUCACCUUUAGUUCUGUUAUUCUGAAGGGCACAGAAUUUUGCAGUGAAUGAUACAGAAGGUGUUCCAGUAUGAUGUGAUACUUUGCAGUGCAUUGAUGGUUUGUAAAAGAUAUGUCUCGGCAAAUGUAAAUUUUAAGGGUAAGCUGUAGAUCAGGGGUAAGAAGUUUUUACACUGUUCAAGGUGUUACAAAAGACAGUACUCACGCACUCUUACAAGACUUUAUUCCUGUUAGAAAAUCAUAUAGCGCAGUGUUAGAUUUACUGUGCUGUGAUUGUUUCAAAGGGUGAUACUGCAAUAUAUAUUGUGAAGUAGCAUAAUACAGAAGAACACUAAGUACAGGUUGUCAAUACAUACAAAGUAUGCAAUUUUAACCCCCCCAAACUCUACUGGGGUGUCUGACCUGUACCACAACUCUACUGCUCAUAUGGGCUGUGUCCAGUUAAUAAUAUAGUUAGUGCACAAACAUAGUAUAUAAUAUUAGGCCCCAAAAAAGUCUUGGCAGUGCUAGAGGCCCAUUUGAUACUCAUGCAGACUAACGGAACCAUGCUACUGAUCCACUGCACAGACCUUGAAAUCAGAACUGUGUUUGCCAAAUAGAUAAUUCCAUUCAGGCAUAUGUACAUACCAAAUGAAAAUUUACAGUGGUGAAUAAAUUUAUAAAUGCAACACUUAAAA